AUGUCGCAGGAGAAAGGUAGAGCACGCUACCACCAGGAGCCCCUCUUCCGCCCGGAGGGUCCCGAGUUCGAGCCCAUCCCGCUCGAGAAGCGAAAGGCUUUCCAGUUCCGCCGCGGCCCCACUGGCAAGGCCCUGUACGCCGCUUACUUUGGUGUGCUCGUGGCGGGCCACUACGUCUAUGCUACCGGUGCCUGGGAGCAACGCGAUCUCUACGCUGAGCGCCAGAACGUGUGGGGCAGCGUGACCACUUACCUCCAGGCCGAGGCGGACAGGAAGUACCUGCAGACGCGCAAGCGGAGCACUGACGCUGAGGAGAAGCUGCUCUUCCCCAAGGAGGUCAGCGAGGGCAAGAGGCAGCUCAACCACGAGGAGGCUCAGUACAAGACGAGGUGGGUGCGUCCCGCCACGGAUCCCUUCCAGCAGUGGCACUACGUCAAGAGGACCUUUGACAAGGCCCAAGAGUGA